AUGAGCAAGCACCAUAUCGCUGUAUCUUCACAACACUACGUGCCGCAACAAUCGCAUAUCAUGUCAGACACAUUCACAGCAACUGCGUACGCACCGUCGUCAUGUUUGUUUGAGCGCGGAUCAGCGGAAACACUGGGCUGCAGUGAACACAACUUACCGAGCUUCCACUACGAUGGGAAUGGCCAGAGCGCGUGCUACGAUAUGGACGAGGAGCAGGACCAGAUGGUGGAUUUGAGCACCGGUUCACUGGUGCCAGUGAACCUGAGAAGCUGGAAUCUCAUGGCGGAGGUGGUCCAGAAACUGAGAGAUCUGUGA